GUGCGCAUGCUACAGUCGGUUUUCUUGAGUAGCAAAGAUGGUGGUGAAAGCAGUUUGUGUGCUGAAAGGAGAUGGAGACACGAAAGGCACCGUUCACUUUGAGCAAGAGAAUGAAUCAGCUCCUGUCAAGGUGACAGGUGAAAUCAGUGGCCUUACCCCUGGUCAACAUGGUUUCCAUGUCCAUGCUUUUGGAGAUAACACAAAUGGGUGCAUUAGUGCAGGACCUCACUACAAUCCCUUCAGCAAGAAUCAUGGCGGUCCUACUGAUGAAGAAAGACAUGUUGGAGACCUGGGAAAUGUGACGGCAGGAGAAAACAACAUCGCCAAGAUAAACAUUGAAGACUCUUUCAUCAAACUCUCUGGCCCUCAUUCUAUCAUUGGCAGAACCAUGGUGAUCCACGAGAAGACAGACGAUCUAGGAAAAGGAGGAAAUGAAGAGAGCCUGAAGACUGGUAACGCUGGCGGACGUCUAGCCUGUGGAGUUAUUGGCAUUGCCCAGUAAACGCCGUCAUAUCGAGCACUGGAAAUUAUUCUUCCCCACUGCAAUUGGAGACCAACGUAGCUAAAUGACAUUACUGUUCUUGUCGUUUUCAAUACUUGUGAGUUUUUAUGACUAGAUAAAGAAGUUGUCGUUUUCUGCCAUGGCCGUUCCUAGUGACAGAUGUUAAUUGAGGUCUAGAUGUCUACCASUUAGCUUUGGUCCUGAAGAAUUGCUAACGCACAAAGAAUUUACAGAUUUAUUCUCUUGAAGUAAAGUAGUUCAACAAA